GAAAAUUUAACCACGACACCGUCCACGAUGGCUACCCUGCUGCGACAAACACCAUUGACCUGCAGUGGCCAUAGUCGGCCCGUGGUACACCUUCAUUUCAGCCAGGUCACUCCGAACGGCUCCUUCCUCAUAGCUGCAUCGAAAGAUGGAAAGCCAAUGUUGCGCCAGGGCGACACAGGCGACUGGGUCGGCACAUUCGAGGGGCAUCGAGGAGCAGUGUGGGGAGCUUGUCUAAACAGGGAGGCCACCGUGGCGGCAACCGGAGCAGCUGAUUUCACCGCCAAGCUGUGGGAUGCCAUAUCUGGCCAGGAGAAGCACUCGUUCACGCACACACACAUCGUGAAGACUGUGGACUUCUCGUACGACUCCAGCCGUCUGCUCACAGGCAGCAUGGAGAAACUCGUGAAACUGUUCGACCUGGCAAAGCCAGAAGCUGAUCCUCUGAAGUUUGAGGGUCAUACCGGUAAUCUGAAAGAGGUAGUGUUUCUCCAAGAUGGUCGAAGGAUUGUCAGCGCUGCAGAAGACAAAACCAUCAGGAUGUGGGAUGUCACGACGGGGACGGAAGUGAAGAAGUUGGACGUGCCAUCGAAUGUGACGGGCAUGGAGCUGUCACAGGACGGGGAGAUCCUGACGGUCACCUACAGUAACACCGUCGCCUUCUACAACGCUGACACCUUUGAGUUGCUGAAGACGCACGUCGGCCCGACGCUGCUCUACUCCGCCUCACUGCACCCCGACAAACAGAUGUUCGUGUUCGGCGGCGAGAACUUCACGAUGUACAAGUACGACUACAACACCGGCGUCGAGAUCGAGUCGUCCAAGGGUCACUUCGGUGCCGUGCACUGCGUGCGCUUCUCGCCCGACGGUGAGCUGUAUGCGAGUGGCUCCGAGGAUGGCACGCUGCGGCUCUGGCAGACGACCGUCGGGAAGACGUACGGCCUCUGGAAGUGCGUCGCGCCGGGAGAGACCGCCGACGCCGCCGCUGCCGCCACCGCCAUCGUCAACGGCAACGCCUCGAACGGCGCGGGGCCGCAGGAGAUGAAGGUCGAGGCAUAGACGGUGUAGUGCGGCGCGUGGCGUCCGGUGUUUGACGUCGGAGUGGCGAACAUGUCGUUGUCGUGGCAAUGCUGCGUUGUCGUUUGGAUGGUAGCAAUCUCCGUUGCCGGGAGCAGGAGUGCGCUGCUUCCAUCUCCGAGGGUGGCGCGCCGCCGCGUCGUCGUGCUUUUCCGCUCGGUGAAAGCCCAGAGCGUCGACUUGAGUGACGGUGAGCGGACGGGAGAGAGAGGGGGAGGGGGACCUCACGCGUCCAUCUAACAAGUCGGCGGAGGAGGCGUCGAUUCACGAGGAUCGCACCAAAAUAGACAGUCGGUUCUCAUCGUUCGACGCGGCAUCUCCGAGUUUUUAGAUGGACGCCGCCGCGGUUUGUCCGCCAAUUUCCUCCGCUCUGACCUGCGACUGUGGCGCCACCUGGUGCUAACUGGGACGUGGGUCGGGCGGGAGGGGGCGGGACACAUGCGCGGCAGAGUGGGCGAGCGAGGAUGAGGAUGGAAGCUAGAGGGCGCUGAGGUGCGCACGACUCGUCGGAGCGGAUCAUGUCGCGUUAGCGUCUCGUCUUUAUUUAGAGAAAAAAUUAUUUAUGUAAGCGUCGGAAUCGUGGCGGCAGAACACGCUGAGCCGUCCUACGUGUCGCUCGGCAGAUACUGGCGCCCUCUACAGUCUUGCAUAUCAUACGCGUGAGAUAUCGCCCAUUGUGAGCUGAGCGCAGCUUCCGGUAACGAGUUAUUUUUAAUUUGCUGGCUGCAAAAUGAGAUGCUGUAUAUAAAGGGAUUGAAAAACGAGGCUUGCUUUGUGCUAGAUGGCAGCAACAAUUCAUGUGGUACCUACCCCCCCAUGCAGUGUUCGUGUAUUCUGUCCUGCUUCCCAUAGCCAAGAUUCAUGAGAGCAGACCUGUAAUGAGUGGUCGGUCGGUCGUCGCAGUGCCGAUGCCGUGUAAUAUUUGGGACUGAAUCGUUUCACUGCAUACAUGUAUGUUGCUUUGUUAUCGCAAAAAAAGCGCAAUCACAUAUA